CCAGGAGCUGGGGCUUUGGGGAAGAAAACCCACGACGUGUCGCGAGACUUGUGAUGAAUUCCCAAGAGUUGGCUACGCUAGUUGGGUGGGUUGGGACCCGCCCAGAGCAACGGGCUCCCAUCAGGGAUGCCCAUUGCGAUGGGGGGGCCCCGAUCCAGGUUGAGGUGUGUUGAGCCUGGUGUGAAAAGGGUCCCCGAUGUUUGUCAGCAGCAAUGAGGGGACCCCCAAUCUCUGUUGAGAGGAGCCCAUCCAUCAUCUGACUUGAUGGGGGACCCCAAUCUCGGUUAGUGCGGGCUUGCCUGGCACAACAGGGGCCUCCCUCUGGCGACGGCUGUAAUAGCAGUGAUCGAUAAGAGUGCGUGCGUUAGGGAGUAGCCACCUGGCGUACGUUGGUUUGUUAACGGCACUCUUGGUGCAUCGAGGGUGUGGAGCAGGCACUGGAGGGUGGAGCCCCCUCGCCAGCGAUGGGCGGGUGAGCUGCGGGAGCCCAGUACGCAGCAGAUAAAACCAGGCUUCUGGUGGUUUUGGCCGGGACGCGGAGAUUAUAUUUUUGGAGGCUGAAGGGCUGCCGAACGGUCCCUCCUCUGUGCUGUGCAGCCGGUGCUGGUGUGUCUUUAUUGCAGGGGAUCACCCUGUGCCGUUUGUCUGGAUUGCUGGGGGAUCUUCAUCUGUCCGGCACUCUCCGUGUGCGGUCGGGGUGGCCACAGCUGGCCACCUUUCUCUCUGCUCCAGGAGCCAGCAGUUUGGAGGCUGGCUUGGUAGAAGGUGCUCCAAUUUGUGCCCAGAGCUUAGGGUUUGUUCUCGUCGCCUCCGUGAACUUUGCUGGGCCAGAGUCCCGUUCUGCUCUCACCGUGACCAGGUCUUUUUCAUUUGUGAAUCUGAAGAAGCUCCUACGAGGUGCGGUGGCAAACACAGCCCGGGGGUUCCCGAGGCAGGCGUCAAAAUCUGUCGCUGUGUGAAAGUAUCGUAUAGAGAGUGGUUUGGGAUCGGCUGGACCGAGUCGGAGGUAGGAAAUCAGGCCUGACUCCGCAAGCCUCUUGUGAACGUCCACAAGUGCAGCCUCAGAUGGCUCGGGGCUGGGGCCUGCUGCUUUGGAGUUCUCAGGGAAACCCCAAGAGCCCAGCCGCCAUUCGCAAGCCCCUCCUUUUUCGCUCGCGACACGGGGCUCGAGCCCAGCGGUGAUCUCAGUCCGCCCUUGUGAAAACCAGGCUGGAACCAGCUUGGAUCGCAAAGCGCUUUAACUCGUGUUUACCUCGAGCCCACCACGUCUGUUGGCUCGGAUCUGUCCGUCACCCCGGUGCUCUGAGAGAGCCCUUCCCGCCCCUGCACGGCGUUGGCGUUCAACGCUUGGAUGCGGCAGCACGGGAGACGUGUUCCUUUGCUCCCCCAUCCCCUGAAAUCUGUUGGAUCUUGCAGCUGUUGCAGGCCGACCAAAUGGCUGUAACUUAAUGUGGGGGCUCCGGCCGACUGUAGCCAGCCGGGAUCCGGCCCGUCGCCUCCGGUGGGGCUCCGGCCAACUGUAGCCAGCCGGGAUCCGGCCCGUCGCCUCCAGUGGGGCUCCGGCCAACUGUAGCCAGCCGGGAUCUGGCUCUGGUGGGGCUCCGGCCGACUGUCGCCACCCGGGAUCUGGCCCGUCGCCUCCGGCAGGGCUCCGGCCGACUGUCGCCACCCGGGAUCCAGCUCCGGCGGGGCUCCAGCCGACUGUCGCCACCUGGGAUCCGGCCCGUCGGAAUCUGAGACUUGCAGAAAUGCCAUGGUUACCGGAGGGAAGUGAGGCCGGUCCCCCAGGGGCAGAGUGUGUCCUGCCUGAGUUGAUGGGGGGAUUUGGCGCUGGGGUUUAGUUGGGGGCAGUGGGGCGCGCACGCAUGUCAAGCGCCCUCACCCCCCGCAUUUCUUUCUUCUCUAAGAGUCAGGUGUAAAGGACUUGUGCUCUGAGGAAGUGGCUGGAGCUGGCAGCCAGGUGUCCCCAGGCAGGGCGGCAUGGGCAGAAAGCCCCCUCCCGUCGCUGGCUCCGUGUCUGAGCACGUUGCUCGCACGAUUCCCGCCCACGAGUGCGCACGCCGCUCCCCUCCUGCCCUCUCCUGGCAGCCCAGCCCUCAGGCGGCUGCGUCUCACUCUCCCUGACUGCUCUGUGCAGAGGCCCCUUUUCGGCGCCGAUCCAUGGGACCAGACUCCUCUUUGCUGCUAACGUUGAUCGCAGGCACCCUCUCGAAAACUGCUCUGUGCCUGCUUUCCUCUGGCCCCCCGCCACGCCCACACGCUCCCCUCCGUGGCGAAGUGAGCUCCUGCCCCUCGCUGUGAGCCCUCCGCCUGGACUUUUAAAAAGCUGCUGGCAGAAAAGGCCUGGGGAUGCUUUAGUUUGUCCCUCUCUGUGGGCGAGGAAUUGCCCAAGCUGCUGAAAAGGGGAGUGUGACUCGAGCGGCCGUUGAGCUGGCUACGGGGUGGGGAAGGAAGACUUCUCCCACCUUCUGUGCUGGGACAGCGUCUGCCAGCCCCUCGGCUUUGGGUCACUGGGAAUGUCUCUCGCCACUCGGCAAGCGCCGCACUUGAGUCUGGCUUUGCCAGGCUCGGGGGUCUGACACCGAGUUGCCCUGGGACAUUUGGCAAACUGGCCGGAACAGUCGAGGAGCCCCUGAAUCUCAGCAUAGGUGAAGGGAAGAAAAAUCUGAGGACCAGAAUCUGCAGGGCCUCAAGGACAAGUCCCCAAAGGCCAAAAAGAUGAAGAAGGAGAAGCAGAGGGAAGCCGAGCCGGCCGAGGCGGGCAAGGCGGAGACGUCCGAAGGAGCCGGGGCCGCCCCGGCGGCCCCCGAGGCCUCGGCCUCUCCCAAGCAGCGGCGCUCCAUCAUCCGGGACCGUGGCCCCAUGUACGACGACCCCACGCUGCCUGAGGGCUGGACGCGCAAGCUCAAGCAGAGGAAGUCAGGCCGCUCAGCGGGAAAGUACGAUGUCUACCUGAUCAACCCCCAGGGCAAGGCCUUCCGCUCCAAGGUGGAGCUCAUCGCCUACUUCGAAAAGGUAGGAGACACCUCUCUGGACCCCAACGAUUUCGACUUCACAGUGACAGGCCGGGGCAGCCCCUCGCGGCGAGAGCAGAGGCCCCCCAAGAAGGCCAAAGCUCAGAAGGGCCCCGGGACGGGGCGCGGGCGGGGCAGGCCCAAGGGCAGCGGCUCGGCCCGGCCCAAGGCUGCCGCCUCGGAGGGCGUGCAGGUCAAGCGGGUGAUCGAGAAGAGCUCCGGCAAGCUGCUGGUCAAGAUGCCGUUCCAGCCGGGGCCGCCAGGGGGCGCCGGUGGGGCGGGGGGCUCGGCCACCACCUCAGCGGCCCCAGGGGCGGGCGGGCGGCGGCCCGGGCGCAAGCGGAAGUUGGAGUCGGACCCCCAGACGCUGCCCAAGAAGCGGGGGCGCAAGCCGGGGGUGGCGGCGGGGCCUGUGGGGCCAGCAGUGGCCGAGGCCAAGAAGAAGGUGGUGAAGGAGCCGUCCUUCCAGGCCGUGCAGGAGACGGUGCUGCCCAUCAAGAAGCGCAAGACCCGCGAGGCCGUGGCCCUGGAGGUGGCCCCCCCGCCCCCCGAGCGCAGCCCCAAGGGGCCCCGUCCCGGGCGCCGGAGCAAGGAGAGCAGCCCCAAGGGGCGAGGGGGCCAUGCUGCCCCCGCCUCCCCCUCCCCCAGCCGGAAGGAGCCACAGCCGCCCCACCCCCCGCACCAGCCGCCCCCCGAGCCUCUGGCCCGGCCCCCCCCCAGCCCCAAGGACAGCGUGAGCCCCCCCGAGGCGCAGGACUUGAGCAGCAAGGGGCAGCCGGAGAGUGACGGCUGCCCCCAGGAGCUGGCUAAGACUCAGCCGCCCGCCGCGCUCUACAAACACCGAGGGGAAGGGGAGCGCAAAGACGCUGUGUCCACCUCCUCCUCGGCGCCCCCGCCUGCCGCCCUGCCCCGGCCCAGCAGCAGGGACGAGGCCGUGGAUACCAGGACGCCGGUCUCGGAGCGUGUCAGCUGACUUUGGGCGGCCCACGGCUAGCGGGAUGGACGGACAGACAGACACACACACACACACACACCCCCAAGAUGAGAGGCAGCUGCUCCCGGGUAGGGCUCCGGCAAAGCACCUCCCCUGCCCCACGGCGCCCCCUGGCUUCCACCCCCCCCCAGUUCUCCCCCCUCCCCGUUUUUAAUACCAAGAAGCACAGUGAGGGGUGUGGAAACCCCCCUCCCCCCCGGGUUGGAAGCCACUUUGCACUUUUUCUAUAAGAGAGGGGUGCCCCCCCCAGCUCCUUCCUAGAUGCUUUGCUGCGUAUACUACUGACCAGGCCAGCUGUUCGGUGGGGCUGCCCCCCCAGCUCCUGAAUACCCCCCACCACCAGGCGGGAUGAAGGGGGGGACCGUGUGUGUAGAUCCCCCUCUCCCUCUCCAGUGCCAUGCAACGUCGUCGUCCGUUCUCCAGUAUCGAUCCGUGUUCGUUUUAGUAGGGCCCACGUAGUGUGUGUGAGUGAGGGGGAACCAGCCCCUCUCCCCAGCGGGGGCACUCAGAGCCUGUUCCUCCCGCAGGGUGUGGGGGCCGGGACGGAGGGGCCGAGGAACGACAACGUUCUUCCACUUCUUUCUCAACGUUACUAGCUUAGGAAACCAUUUGCACUAACCAGCCUUUGGCCGGCCGGGGUGGGGGGUCAUGUGUGAAACUACCUGUAACUCUUGGAUCGGUACCGGGGGGGCGGGGAGGGCAAAGCCCUGCACAUCAGCGGGUUUAUAAUGGGGCUGGUCUGGGAGGGGGAACUCCAGGGCUCUCCAUUCACGGUUGUGCUCUCCCCCAGCCCCAGCUGCCCCCCACCCAGCCCCAGGGGCGUGGCUUGUACUGCCGGGCAGGCAGGAGCAGACGGGAAGGGAAAACCUCGCUGAAAAAAACCCCAAGGAGGGCUGUGCCUUUUUUUUUUUUAAUGAUGGACACAAAGGGUUACAAUAAAUUCCUCCCCAAGGUGAGUGAAACGGGGAGGGGCCGCUCCCCUCUGCUCAAAGCUUGCGGCCAAGAGAGAAAUACACCAGAGGCUCAGUUCUGUUCUGUUCAUGGCAAUGCGGUACAACUCCACAUCAGAUAGGAACCCAGCCCUGCCCCAUUACAAUCAGGAGUGACUCUGCAUUGACUGCAGGGGAACAAAAAUCAGAAUCCAGCUCUGUACCCGUUGCAAUUGGGAGUGACUGUGGAUUGACUGCAGGGGAGCUGAGAUCAGAACGCAGCCCUGGCCCAUUGCAAUCAGGAGUGACCCUGCAUUGACCGCAGGGGAGCUAAAAUCAGAAUCCAGCCCUGUCCCUAUUGCAAUUGGGAGUGACUCCAGAUUGAUCACAGAGAGCUAAGAUUAGAAUCUGGCCCUGCCCUCUUUACAAUCAAGGGUGACUCCGGACUGGGAGCUGAGAUCAAAAUCUGGCCCUGCCCUCAGUGCAAUCGAGGUGACUCCAGAUAAACCCCAGUGGUAGCUAAAAUAAGAAUUGAGCCCUGCUUAUUGCAAUCAGGAGUGACUCCGGAUUGACCGUGGUGGAGACUAAAAUCAGAUCCGUCCCAGCCCCAUUGCCAAUGGAUGACUCUGGAUCCACUCUCAGAAUCCACUCCAGAGAGUAACUAAAACUUCCUCCUGUGUCUCCCCUUCUGCUCGCUGAGCUGGGUCCCAGUUUCCCACCAAGGCUUUUCCGGGGGCGGCCAGACCUGACCCGAGGAGAGGCACCCCUAGUUUGGAUUUAAAAAAAAAUCCCUCAAAACCCAGCAGAAAAAGGCCUAAUUUCCAUGGUGUCCCCCAGUGCCUGGCUGCCCCCAGAUCCUGGGGGCAGGGGGGGGGUCCCAUGCACCACACCCAGGUCCCAUGCUAGGGCUGGCCGGAGGCUUUGAUGUGCUUGGUGGGUGGAAAGGGAGCCUCCUGGGUGACCUGCCUCCCCGGGGGAGGGAUCCAGUGACACGGGGGGGAAGCUUGGCCCCAUGGCGGGACUGGGGUGUGUUAAUUAGUCCUGCCCCCAGCUCGGCCCCCUGCCUGCUGCUGUCUCGAGCCCCAGUUCACACAUGCUGGGGGGGGCCCGGCCCAGCCCGCCGUGCCCUGUUUGUAGCACUUUACCCUCCCCAGCAGCACUCGCUCACAGGGUGGGGGGAUCCGGCUCCCUAGAGGGGUGAGCCCGGGGCAGCUCCCUGCCAGGGCUGAUCAGCUGAUCACGGGCCGGAAGGGGCCACGGGAGUCUAGGCAGCCCCUUUGCACAGAGUGAUUUGGCUGGGGGACGGGCAAGGCUUUGCCCUGGUCUGGGGCAGCCCUCCCCACACAGUCCAGCCCCGGGCCUGCCCAUGGAAGCAGUAGGGCUGGGACAGAAGGGAAGCCCCAAGGUACCUUAGCACGGAAGUGGGGUGGUUUUAUUGCAGGGCAUCCUAAGCCUGGCAGGAACAGUGCCCCCGUCCUUCUGCGGUGAGCCAGGUUUCCAAGCAGCCGCCAGCAGAGCCUAGCAAUCUGAGCUGUUCUGCUCGGCUUGCCCGGGGCUGGUACGGACACCGGGGAGCGGGGGGUCACUCCACCACCCCAUCCAGUGCAAAUGGGGCUGGAUUCGGCUGUCUAGACAUCUGGGGCAAAACCUGGAUUCUGCCUCCUUGGAACCCUGGCUCCAAAUCCCCUUUCCUGGCAGCCCUCCCUGCCCUGCAGCUGGCCAGCGGCUUGAGGAGGAGAUCAGUACUUUUGCACUUUAAGGAGGGGGCCUGGCUAGUCACUGAAUGUCUCUUUAUUUUUGCUUAGGUUUCCCUUCCCCUAACAACAAGGGUCUAGCGAUUUAUCUGAGUGGCACCAGCUGGGGGGGGGCGAGGGAUCUUACACCCACCAUGAUGAAACGUCACAUCUGCCGGUUGGCAUCUGAGCCACGGUAGGGCCAGAUCAGAAUGUUCCCUGCGUUAGAAACUUGGGGAACCCCACCCUCUGGCUGUAAAAUUUGGAGCAGCCGGUAGCCUGUAUCCCCCUGGACAUCCCCCUUUUCCCAGCCUGUCAUGUGCAAAAAAACCAAGGAUUGGUGGUGGAAGGGCGAUUUCAUUGGGACCCCCAAGAACAGGAAGCCAAAGGGGGCAGUGCUUGGAUGGUAUUUUCACCCCAUUCUUGUUCCUACAUGGCCAGCUCAGCUGUUAUAUCCCCAAACCCUCCCCAGUGAAGAGUCUGAGCGAGCCGAACUCCAGAAGCCCCGUUUCCCACCCCCAUGCUAGCUUUGCCACUCAGCCCACCCCCACGUGAAAUUGCUCCCUGCCAUCAGCUGAUACCACCUGGAGUUUAACGGGAGACCAAAUGGUUGGGCUUGGUUUCUCUUUUCAAGGUGGGGGGACUUGAUUUCCUUCUGGUUUUCUGAUUUAUUUUUAAACGCACCCCCAUAACGCCCCAAAGUGUCAGCUUUUUAUAUACCUACCUGUAUAUUGCAUUAUAAAUCGGUGGGGAUUGAAUUGCUUUUCUUUGCUUUGCUUUGCUUUUCUUUUCGUUCCUCUCUUUCUGCUUGUGACUGACAACAGCGACUGAGGGGGAUUUUAAAAAUUCCCCCCAAAGCACCUGGCUGGGGGGGGAGCACAAUCUCCCUCUUGCUUCUUUUACAGUAUCCCUGCUACUUACUAGCACAGGGUAAGGGACAAUAAACAGACCCUUCCAACCUGCCUGGCAGUAGCUUUCUCUGUGACCAGAGCUGUGAUCUUAGUGUUUCUGGUUCUCUCUCUAAAGGGACCCCCACCCCAGCUCCAGAGUGGAGGGGCGAAGGGGGCAGCUAAUGCUCUAGGGGGUGGGGUGGGUUUUUUGCACUCCUCUGCUUGUGUUUCAACUCCUGAAUGUCUCUGAUCCUGGCUGGGGUGGUGCCCUUGGAAGCAUCCAUAGCAAUGAGUAGACCGCUCGGAUCCUGGCUGCUGUGGGCCGGGAAGUCCCAUAGUGGCAGAAUCGGGACCCCAAUGGGUUCAGGAUCAGACCCUCCAUUGCUCUCUCUCCAACCCUGUGUGCAUCUUGGGUGAGCCAAACUGCCCUGCGUGCAUCGCUGCUUCCUCUUUGGACGCUCGGUCAACCGUAGAACAGCGCGUCUCCGGCUGGCGUCGAGUGGGCACGACUCUGCCUGCUGGCCACCCGGCCCUUCGCCAUCGCAAUGGAGCACAUGAGCACUUUGAGCAGCCACGUGGCCAACUGGCGUAGACGGGACUGAUUCCUUAGGCAGUGCACACAUACCCGCUGGGUGACGUAACUGGAGGUCCCUCUGGAGCUAGGAAGACCUGGUCUUUGUGUUCCUCAAUAUUUCCCCACUGACGGGAGCAGGGUGUUGUGGCCACGAUGGCUUGCAAUCUGGGGCUAUACUUAAAGACCAUUCUGGCUCCCGCCCUUUCAUUUAAGUUAGCAAUAGCCGCUCGGGAAGUAGCAGUUUUGAAUUGCUGUUCUUCCAAAAGACGAGUAGCCCGAGCGUUCAACUUCCAAGGGGAGGGGGCGGGAAGAUCCCGAAGUGUCUAGAUGCUUCCACCACAGUUGUCCUCUUGCCCUCUUCCAGAUCCAACCCCCCCCCCACUUCCCGCUCCCCAACCCUUGGGCUGGGAUUUCACCCUGGAUGGGAAUAGAGGAGAUGCCGUGGGAUUCCUCCACCACCCACACGCAAUCUGUUGAGUGCAAAAAAUUAAAUACAUUGGUAAACUUCUCGCCCUCCUGAGGGUCAGGGGCCGCAUCCUGUUUCCUCUGCUUCCGUCAGACAACAUCUUUCCGCUUUCAAGACUCAGUAGUGAUUGUCAUAUGACCAAAUAUUACCAGGACUGUUAAUCAGUAUAUGCUGAGUGCUUGCCCUUUGUAUACAGAUGUAAACUCCCCCGUGUAUAUCCGACUCUUUCUAGCAAGAGGAUGUUUUGUUACUUUUUUUGCCUUUUUGGUUUUAAACAAGUUGUUCAUUUAUCUUGUUGAAAAUUCCAGAGAGAGAGAGACACAGAGAAUUGGGAUUUUGGUUUACUUUUAGUUUUCCCUGCCUCUGCUAGUCGUUUCUUGGGGGGGGGAACAAAACCCGUGGUGUUUCGAGACUUUAUAUUUGUGUGUCAUUUCUUUUAGUCUUGCCCAGUCGAGUUUAAAAAAAAAAUGAGAGAGAGGAAUGUCGGUGAAGUCUCCUGUGUUUCCUGGUUUCCUUUUGCGAUGGUCUGCAGGUCUGUGUUGUGAACGUUCCUGGAAAGUAAUUGUCCCAAACACACGUUUCCACCAUGAUGCUUUAAAAAAGAAAAUCAGAGAGCCCCUGAGAGCUUCCAAUUUAAAUAUGUUUUGCUCCCACUUGCAACAAAAAUCUACACCCUUACUUGCUCUUGAAGUGCAAAUGGAGGCCUGCCUAGUUCCCUGAGGUACUUACUAUUAGAUACUUAUCUGCUGCCAAGUCCGGACAGUAGACACCUCUUGGAUCUAAUGGCCAAAGGCAGAACAAGAUGGGGUGCCUGGGAGUUGAUGCUCGCCACGGGCCAGGUGGGCAUGAGGUGCAGACUUUUAACAAGGGAGUCGACCACUCAGACAGACAGGUUACACAGUGUCCAGCACAUGUCAUAUUCAGUCACAGUUGUGUUCCUUUUUCUAAUUGUUCUAUUUGGGAUGGAGGAACUGCCAGGGUGAGUCUCCAGCCUUGGGCAGAGUUCCAGCAUCUUCUGGCCAUGACACAGACUCAUAGAUGAUUAGGGUUGGAAGGGGCCUCAGGAGGUUCUAGUCCAACCCCCUGCUCAUGGCAGGACUAACACCAACUAAAUCAUCCCAGCCAGGGCUUGGUCCAGCUGGGCCUUAAAAACCUCUAAGGAUGAAGAUUCCACCACCUCCCUAGGUAACCCAUUCCAGGGCUUCACCACCCUCCUGAUGAAAUAGUGCUUCCUAAUAUCCAACCUAGACCUCCCCCACUGCAACUUGAGACCAUUGCUCCUUGUUCUGUCAUCUGCCAUCACUGAGAACAGCCAAGCUCCAUCCUCUUUGGAACCCCCCUUCAGAUAGUUGAAAGCAGCUAUCAAAUCCCCCCUCACUCUUCUCUUCCGCAGUCUAAACAAGCCCAGUUCCCUCAGCCUCUCCUCAUAAGUCGUGUGCCCCAGCCCCCUGAUCAUUUUCGUUGCCCUUCGCUGGACUCUCUCCAAUUGUCCACAUCCUUUCUGUAGUGGGGGCCCCAAAACUGGACACCGUACUCCAGGUGUGGCCUCACCAGUGUUGAAUAGAGGGGGACAAUCACGUCCCUCGAUCUGCUGGCAAUGCUCCUACUAAUGCAGCCCAGUAUGCCAUUAGCCUCCUUGGCAACAAAGGCACACCGCUGACUCCUAUCCAGCUCCUCUCCACUGUAAUCCCCAGGUCCUUUUCUGCAGAACUGCUGCCUAGCCAAUUGGUCCGCAGCCUGUAGCCAUGCAUGGGAUUCUUCCGUCCUAAGUGCAGGACUCUGCACUUGUCCUUGUUGAACCUCAUCAGGAUUUCUUUUAGACCAAUGCUCCAAUUUGUCUAGGUCACUCUGGACCCUAUCCCUACCCUCCAGCGUAUCUACCUCUCCCUCCAACUUAGUGUCAUCUGUGAACUUGCUGAGGGUGCAAUCCACACCAUCCUCCAGAUCAUUAAUGAAGAUGUUGAACAAAACCGGCCCGAGGACCGACCCUUGGGGCACUCUGCUUGACACCAGCUGCCAACUAGACAUUGAACUGUUGAUCACUACCCGUUGAGCCCGACGAUCUAGCCAGCUUUCUAUGUAGGAUUUGAAACCAAGCAAUGAUUACAUCUUUAACAAAUCCCACGUCAAAGUGAAGACCUGGAAUAAAAACAAUUACCAUUACAGAGAGCCAGUCAGCUAUAAAACCUAUGGCCCCCCAGUAGCAUUUCCAUCGCUCUGUCAAGAAAGCAAUGCCGAUUGACGUCUGCUGGGGAAUCUGGGCUCAUUGACCCAAUGGAGCUGCACCAAGGCUGAUCAGAACCCCAACCUGGGAGGAUCAAGCCAACAGCCCCUUAAAUAGUUUGCCAGGCAGUUGACAAAGCUGGUUGUAUCAUUCAUUUUGUGGGUGUCUUGUUCAUAGAUUCCCAGGCCAGAACCUCCCUGAAUGAAUUCCUGUUUGAAUGAGAGCAUGGGUUGGUUUGACAGCAGGUGGAAAGAGAGAAACCUGGGGUUAUUUAAAAAACCAGGAACAUUGUGAAGCUGCUACCAAUGGCUGGGGCAAACCCUUUGGCAACAUGGACUAACUUUUGAGUGGACAGCACCCCCAAAUUUGGAUGAGAAACCAAGGGGAAAAAGCCAACAGCCCCUGGUUUAAUUUUAACUCCAUCUUAAAGUGAAUCCUAGAAGCUUUAAUCUCUCCCAUCCCCGCAAUGCAAAGGUUGGUUUACACACAAGAAGAAAUGGUAAAAAAAAAAAAAAAAAAAAGAAUAAAAACAUGGAUUUUGCUAUCAGAGUUCUGGGAGAAUUUGUAACUUUUCAAGGAUUCAAAUGAAAGACGACUCCAGAAGGUGGAGCUACACCCCGUUCCGAUUACCUGCGCUCGGUCAUGGCCACGCUACACAAGCUUGAUGCUGGGUCGGAUGGAUCCCAGACUUGUGCCAUUUUCAAGGGUCUAUUUUAAAGUAAAUGACUUCUGAUCUUAUCAGGUGAACUAACAAGGAAAGGUGACUCUCUUCCACAGUUGGCAUCUUCAUGGGCAUAGCUAGGGGUAGACUUGGUCCCAUGGCAAAGGAAUCCGAUGGAUCCUGGAUCUGAAUCCCAUAAUGGCAAUAAAAAAGGAUCCGGUGAGAUUCCCAACUCAUAUCCCGUCACCGAGGGGAAACCUGGCUCGUUACAUGAGCACCGGCCAAAACAGUUUUGUUAGCACCAUACUGGAAUUGAAUUAAUGCUAAAUAGCAGCUGAUUGGGGCACAGCUAGGGAAUUUGACUCAAGAAGAUGUCUUAAAUCUUAAGCAUCAGAUUAUUAAUUCCAGGCAGAAGGGGGAGCCUCUUGGCUGAUUUGAAGAGGUGUUUUGCUUGAGGAUUGGUUUGGAAGUAACCUAUUAUUUCUUCCUUUUUAAAAAUCUAUUUUGUUCCAAACCCAUCUUAAUCGUAUAUAUUACGUAUCUAUAUUUUCAAUUCUCUGCAUCUGUUGGUUGCAUAUUUGGGACAAUUGCUUUACAAAAAGACCCCAAAGUAGAUUGUUUUCCUGAAAUAAAUCUUGGACACAUUGUUCUUUUCUAGUUUUUUGUGUACAGCCAAAACGUCUGAAAGCACUGACUCUAUUUAAAACGAGAGAUUUAAAAAAAGAAAAAAAAAGCAAUUUAUUAAAGGAAAAAUUUGUAUCAUUUCAGUUAAAAAAAAGCGAAAACAACAAAAUCCAUCUGAAUGUACAUGUAUAUGUUUCAAAGAAGUCCACACAGAUUAAUCAUUGUACCUUAUUUAUUAUAUAAAAGAGUUUGCCUUAUAAAUUUACAAGAAAAACAAAAAACCCUACAAAUGUCUAUUCUUUUUGAGUGUCUUUGUGUUGUUUAAGCCUUGGCAAUUGGAAAGCAGCCGCCACAACGCUCUGCACGGACUUUUGGUUUUCAGACUCAAACUCUUUAUCCAUGUAAACCCAAGGCAGAGAUCUUUUUGAUUUUCAAAAUCUCUCUCUUUAUCGAUGUAAAAUCAGGUCCAAACUCAACUCAAGUACUCAGCAUACGUUAUCUCAGUGCUAUAGUUUGCAUCUCCUUGUUGGUAAGUACUGUACUCUGUGCUAGAAUUGAUCUAUAAAUCUGUGUCAAUUUAACCCAA